AAAAUACACCGGAUCAAAGGUCUUACACAGAAGGAGGACAAAGGCUCUGAUGGAGGUACUUAGCUGUGAUAUACCCUGGUAUUAAAGACCCAAGGGUAUUUGGAUUGUCUUGUAAGAUGUAGAGCUCCACAUUCUUAUCCGGAAAUUCCAAAACAGAUGGAAACAUAUUAACGAAAUGUAAUUUUUUUAGUUUUUCGUAAAUGAACAAUAUUUCAAUAUUGGAAUACAAAAUGGAUGAAACCAAUAACCUCACUCUGCGAUGGAACUCUGACUAUGCCGACAAACUUUUACCCACGGUUGUAUUCCAGGCAAUUGUUUGCUUCGUUGGACUGGUAGGGAACAUUUUAGUGCUUCUUGUGUACAUUUUACGGAUGAAGGCAAGUCGGGAUGACCGCUACUUUAUACCCAUCUUAGCCACUUUCGAUCUCCUUGCAAGCACCGUGGCUUCCGUUUUUUACGUGUUCGAGUCCAUGUACUUCGUGGAUUUUCCAUCGUCCGGACUCUGUAAGGGGAUGUUAUACACCAUGACGGCGACUUCGGGCCUCUCGGCCUUGCUGCUGAUAGCCAUAGCCGUUCAGAGGUAUCUAAAGAUCUGCAAACCACUCGGGAAGCAAAUGAACGAGAGCAAGAGAAAGCUAUGUCUGGGAAUAAUUGUAGGAUUUUCUAUCUUGUAUUCAGCUCCGGUUUUGCUGUUUUCUGGGAACAUGAGAGUGGAGGGAGUGUUUGAGGGGGAGAACGUCACAGGGUUGACGUGUUUCACGGGGGCAGGGAACUACCCUACCUACGAGGCGAUAUACUACUACAUCAUCUUUAUUCUCAUGAUAAUUAACAUUCUGACUGUGGGUUUCCUCUACAUUCCGAUCGGAGUCGUCAUCUACCGCCACAACAAGCUCCGGAAGGCUCGCCAGCGGCAGAGUGUCGACCUUCCCUCCCUCCAGUUUGACUCCCUGUCUGACAACAAGCCCAGUCAAAGCAGCACUAAAGACUUUUCCAGGUCGCGGACAUUCAAAGAAAGCAAAAUUAACUUUAACAUGAUGUUCUUCGCCAUUAUUGUGUGUUAUUUAAUCUCCUAUACGCCGACAUGUAUUUUUCUUAUUAUAAGCAAACUUUCGCCGGAACUCUGGUACAACAUCUCAGCUGCUGAGAUGAUUGUCUUCUUCAUCUUGCAGAGAUUCUACGUCAUUAAUCACGUGAUUAACCCAAUCAUAUACGGGUAUUUUGACAUGAAGUUUCGUGCCGAUAUCCUCAGCUUGUGUAAAUGUCAAUAAGAGCGUUCGAAUCAUCAUCAGUAAUAACAUUAUUAGAAAAAUAAAUAUAGUUUGUAAUAUCAAGUUGUUUAUUAAAAAGGUAUAUAAUACAUUGCUAUUAUAACACAUGCAUUGUUAUUGUUAUAAGUUUAAAACAAAAGUUUAAUACACAAAA